AUGUUAGUUACAGGUAAAAGAGGUAUCAUGGUAUCUGGUGCAUCAUCCCAGAACCUUCGUAGACGGGGGCAGCUAUCUUUGGAGCUUCGGCUUGAUGCAAUUAAGGUGGAUCCAGCGGUAUAUGAAAAUUUACUUCAACCCAAGCGUGCUUUCCCUAACACAGAGCUUCAGAGCACACCACUGACGAAAUCCAAACCGUUCACUCCGAUGCUACCGUCGUUUGUUGAGGAUUUGACAACUGAUUCUGUUCCUCCAAAACGUGGAUCCACAUCUCCUUCAUGGUCCGUCGAACCACUGCCAGCGUGUUCGGAGGAGCAGCAACCAGAACCUAUCGUCACACCGGAGAUUCCUUCCGUUACUACCGUUCCGGAAAAAUCUGUGGGCUGCUUCCACAAACUGUUUUGUUUUUUCCAUCCUCUACGCAAACGCAAAUCACGAAAGCGAAGGCGUGCUUCCACUGUUGUCCCUCAGCCGGUUUCCACAUCACCGUGCGCUGUCAACGCCGAAAAUAUAAACCCAGUCCGUCAUCAAGUAAUGCCAACUGACGGAGCGGGUGAUGGUCCAACUCUGCCAAAGUCUGACCGGCUAACUGAGGCUAAGCUGGCCUUGCUGGAUACCAAAUCAGUUGAGUUUUGCCAAGCAGUGCUGAAUUCCUCCCUUCCCCUUCAUGACGCGAUCGUUAAGUACUUUGAGCAAUCUUCCGGUGUACUGGUUCUUGAUUGCACCAUGAAUUCCCCUACAGGUACAACUAUGGGGCGAUUAAUCAAUGCUGGGACCGUGCUUUGUGUCACGGUGGUUGCAACGCGACCGGAUCUCGUCACACGGUUGGUCGACGCCUGCCAGUUGUUCCAGAACCUAUCUCCGGAACAGUCACAAGUCGAUAGAUCGGAUCCCGUUUGCGGAUCGCGACUUUCUACUGACUUGCAGAAAGUUCUGCAAGAGGCAAAUAUUCGUUCAGUAUUGAACGUACAAGAUUUCCGUUUAUCUGUCUCCUUAGAUUCCUCUGAAGUGAAUAGGGCUUUGGAAGAAUUAGCCGAUUUGGUCGAAUAA